AUGUUUGUUUUCCUCAGACUCAACCCAUCUACAAGGAGUUUGGGGAUUUACAGCGGCUCAAGGAUAGGCAGCAAAGGAGAGGUGCAGAAGGCGGAGGAGGUGAAAAGCUUCAAUAGAGUUAUUGUGAGACAGGUUCUGGCAGGUUUGUUACACCCUAGUGGUGGAACUUUCGAUGUCAAGAGGCCGAAGAGCUAUGUGUUCCAGAAUCCGGAUCAUCAGAGACCCGUGCAAACUUUGAGUGGUGGUCAGAAGCAGAGGGUUGCAUGCAAUUGUUGGUGCUUUGGCUGAAGCAUGUAAAGUGCUCUUACUGGAUGAGAUGACAACGUUCUUAGAUGAGAAGGAUCAUGUUAGUCUCUUGCCAAUUACUUCACUAUGGUUCCUGUGGUCACGAGAGUCAUCAUUGCCACUGGGGUAAGGCCUAAUUUCUCUCAGUAUUCAAGUAUGAGGUUAGAUUUGAGUUGGUUGAGUUUCUGUAAUGGGUUAUGGUGUUCUAAUAAUUUCAUUGCUGAAAUGGGGGUAAAAAUUGGAAUCUACCUGUGAAAUUCGCUUGAAGUAGACAUUCUCUCUAAAAAGUGGUUAUGUAUUCAUCAUUGCUUCUUAAAUCAUUGCAUUUUGAAUGUUCAUUCGAGAGAUGACAAAUGCUCAGGACCCCUUCAAUCUAUUCAAUUGAAUCUUUCAAAUUUGGUUGCAUUUUUGCAUCAUUUACAUGUAGAUGGAGUUUACGGAUUUGGGUUGGUUCUAAUCUAUGUCCUUUCUGCGUGUAUUGCAAUAGAGUGAACCAAGCUUCCAUUUGUCUGGUUUUAUGAUGUGUUUUGUUGGUACAUGAGCAAGGUCUUUCAAGUCAGUCCUCCAGUGUAUAUUUCUUUCUUCUGAGAGGUAAAUUUUUCUUUAUGCUACAAGUACUUUUGAAAUGAUUUGGAUAUUGGAAAGUUUGAUAUACAGGGAAUGUAUGCCGAAAUCUUAAUAUUUUUUUGUUAUUUCAGUAUGAAUGGAGAAGUUGAAUUCAAUGAUGGUUAGAAAAUAUAUAGUAUUAACAAGAAACGAACUUUACCUAUUGUAAAAUCCUUGAACUGCUCAGCUUUUGUUUGUCGAAGUUUAUCUUGUAUUCAACCUAGGAACUGCAAUUAUGUGAUCACUAUCAACUUUUAUCUUUUUCUGUUGUCUUUGAGGUAAGAUUACUUGCUGUUGAAUUUUUGUUGUGUUUUUCCCUUUUGAACUAGAACAUAGUGACAUUGUUGGGAAUCUUAGAGAGGAAGCAUAUGCGCUAAGAAAUACAAAUGAAGAUUUGUGCAAGCAAGUUGAAAUUCUAAAGAAAAGCUGAUUAAAUGAGACUGACGAGCUUCCCUAUUUGAGGUGGUUCAAUGCACGUUUAAGGGGUGAAUUGAGAAAUUUUGAUAAGCCCCAGAUAGCCCCAUUUCAGCAGGAAGGACUUAUGAAUUUGUAGCCUGCAAAUGAAGAUAUUAAGGAGGAAUUGGUUGUAUAAUACGUGCAAGAAACCAAUGUGAGUGAAUUUAAAUAUUGUAGUAAAUAUAUAGAAGAGACUUUAACAUACUUGGCUAAUAGGAAAACUGUGUUGCAGUUAGUGGAGUUGUUUAACUCCCCACUGAAUACUUAAGAAGUCUUAUAUUGCAGCCUGCCACAUCGCCUUCUCUUUUAAAGAGAUCAAAAGUGAAGUUUGACAAUGCGAUGUUUGCCUCAACAACUGAUAUAUUGAUCGGUCUACAACACCAUGCGACUUAAGCCCUGUUGCUGCACAACAACACAAGCAAAAGGGGAGCUCACACUACCGCAAAAGAGGAAGCUUAUGUCACAUCCUUUGUCUCAUAAUAUUUAUCUUACUGUAUACCUACUUUGGGAAAAAGAAACUCAUGAGAUUUAAACAAUGUCAUUUUUGAAUUGUUAUGAUUCUUUUAUUUUGAAAAUAUUACACAAUUUAAGUUUUAUUUAAUUAGACAGAGGAAGUACCAGUGUUGAUUUGAGUUAUUUCACUUUCUAAGAUUGUUUGUGUAAUCAAAGGUAACUUGGUGUUGUACUUAACUAUUGACUAGG